AACGUGUUGUCUUGGUAACAUGUAUUUGUUUGUCAAUAUCUCUCUAGUUUUCAAUUUGAAAAUUUCAUUUAAUUUAUCUUUUGGAUAAAUAUAGAAGAGAGAUUAGUACAAUUUUACUGUAAAAGUUAAAAAAAAUAUGUCGGAUAUAAAACCAAAGCUACAGGAUAAUCCAAGGGGCGCUUUGGAACCAUAUAUAACCACACUUCAAAGCGAUUCCAAAAUAGCAAGAAGGCAGGCAUUAAUUAAAAUCAAUGAAGAGAUUUUUGAAAAUCCGUUGAAUGAGGAUUGCGAUCUAAUUGUUGUUUUUUCGGAAAUUUAUGCUUAUGUCUUAAAAUGUUUCUCAGAUGUUUCUGAGUCAUGCAGAGAGAAAGCAAUAUUAAUAAUGUCCAAUUUUAUAGAAAAGUUGCCGUGGAAUGAUUAUUAUUUAACUUAUAUUCUCCCUGUUAUUGUGCGGCGUAUCGGCGCUGCAGAGACCAUAGAAGAUGCAGAAGAGAUUCGAUUAGUUUUAAUUCAACUGGUUCAUAAGAUACUGGAAAAGUACAAGGGAACCUGUCUUCUUGGUCCAUUCAUUAAUGAUUUUACAAGUAUUCUAACUAAAACUUGUACCGAUGCAUUUCCUAAAGUAAAAUUAGAAGCAUCAGAGUGUAUAAUAAUGCUUACAAAAAUUCUUCAGAGAGAUUUUCAUUUUCAAUCUGAGAGUUAUGUUAAACCUCUUUUAUCAAACUUUGCUCAUCAACACUUUAGGGUUCGGGUUGGAGCUAUAAAAGCUAUUGGUGCUGUUGUUAUGGCUGGCAAUGUCAAAUGUUUUGAGUUAUCUAUCACACCCAUGGCUGAGAAACUCUUUGAUGAGAAUACUCAAGUGAGACUGCAAGUGACUAUGGAAGUUGGCAACUGGAUGUUAUCUUAUAAGGAUCGUUAUUCCUUCUGGCAUCGCAUGAUUCCUUUGCUGCUAACAAGUUUAAGUGAUGUCAUGACUGUUAUAAGAGAGACAGCAACUAAACUAUGGAAAGACAUAGGCCUACAAUACUUUGAAGAGAAUGAAGAGGAGUUGAAAAAGAAAAGUGAUUUCCUUAAAGACAUACCAGAACAUUACCCUGAUGUUAAACGUCCCAAUCUUGGAUGCAGAACCUUGGUCCAGAGCAAUAUUGGGAAGAUAGUCCCAGCUAUAUGUCGAGAGAUGGAAGGCUGGCAAGCCGACGCACGGCUGCGCUGCGCUCAGUUGCUGUGCUGGCUGCUGCUGUGCGCGGAGGGGGGCAGCACGCAGCACGCCUGCACAGUGCUGCGCGUGCUGCAUCGCGGAGCCGCAGACGACGACCAGAGGGUUGUGCUCGAAGUAAAACGCGCGUCUGAAUUAUUCGGUUAUUUCAUUACGCCGGAUACUUGGUGGCCCCUCGUCGAAGCUGAGGUAGACUCGUGGAGUGCUCUCUUUAUUAUUGCCAAUAUUCUGAAAGGAUCCCGGGCAGAACUGGUCAAGGAGAAGGUUAUGAUGGAAUUGUGUAAGGAAUUGGCAGAUCCUGAGAGUUGCAGGGUCAGGAAGCCAAAAUAUCAGACGAACUUGGUCCUUGUAACUGAAGCGUUAAUGGACUUAUGUAAAGACGACUGCAAGUCCGUAGCUGAACAGCUAUUUGUUAUUAACUUCACGGUGUAUGCGAUGCCCUGCGAUGAUAAAAUACAAUUUAUGGCAUUAUCAAACUUGGACAAACUUCGCUGCAUUGAAAAGUGCGGAAGUACGAUCGUUUCUCUAUACGAGAAGCAUAUUCAGCGAGUGUUAGCCGACAUCACCAGCGACGCCUGCACGUGGAACCUCCUCACCCCCGACCGCUGUCUGCUGGAGUGCGUGCUGUUGCAGUCAGGUUCAGCGAUGGGAACCCAGCUGCAUCUCAUCGCUCCUCUGUUAAAAGAAUGCCUCUACCCGCCGAAACUGGAUCCAGAAGUGAAGUUGAAAAUAUUCACUGCCCUGUCAACGGUACUUUUACAGCGUCAAAUCAACUUUAGUAAAUGUGAUCAGGAUAAGUUGGAAGCGUUUUUGAAGAUCGUUAUUGAUGAAGUGAUACUGCCAAACCUCGUAUGGUCUCCGGGUAAAAUAGCGGAGGCCAUCCGCACGGCGGCCGCGGCGUGCCUGUGCGCCGCGCUGCAGGAACAGCCCGGCGCCGGCGGUGCGGGCGAGAAAAUAGAUUUAUUCCCAAACAAAGAGUCUCUGGAACCUUUCCUAGAGCGAGUGGUACCGUUGCUGGUGAGCCUGACGGAGGACAACUCGCCCUUGACGCGACAGCACGCGUUGCGCGCCGCGCGCGGCGUCGUCGCGCUGGCGCGCCCGCGCGGUCUCUUCUCUGUGGAGAUCCUACACAAACUGUAUUUCGUUGUGAUUAAACGACUCGACGAUAGCAGUGACAAGGUCCGAUCCUACGCCGUCCAAACACUCUGUACGCUGUUCGGUUCUCGUCCGAAACCCUACGACGCCGCCGUCUUCGGAGCUCACAUCGAUGCUUUGUACAGCGCUAUGCUCAUACACCUCGAUGAUAACGACGAAACGUUUCAAAAGGAAAUGCUGGAUGCACUAAUAACAUUAAGUGACAUAGAUUCUCAACUAUUGAUGAAAAAGCUUAAAUCAAAUAUACACUUGUAUAGAAAUAAAGCAGCUUACGAGCGACUCACUCGACAUAUUGAAGAACAUAUGCAAUAAACAAUUAUCUAGUCAAUUU